AUGGGCCCCCGCUUUAGUUGCUGCUUCAUGGAGCACAUAAAGAAAAGUGAUGGGCAUGUCUUGUCUCAAGACUGUGGCAGUGGCUGUCAGAAGUACAUGGUGCGGCUGUUGACUUAUCUGCCCGGAACAACAGUUUCCAAGCUUCCUUUAACGCCACAAUUAUUGUAUGAAAUCGGCAAAACAGCAGCCCAAAUGGACAAAAUCCUGAACGAGAUGACACACCCUCAUCUCAGUGUGCUGCAGAGGGAGGGGUUCAAAUGGAGUCUGUCAAAUGUUGCUCUCCUGGAAGGGUACCUCUAUGUGAUGGAUGGAGACCCUCUUCAGGAGGUUAUGAAGUCUGUCAUUCAACAGUACAAGACCUCUGUGGUUGAAAAGUACCCUGAUUUCCGCAAGUGCAUUAACCACGGCGACUUCAAUGACCUCAAUGUGCUCAUGCAGCCUGAUGAGACUGACUGCUACAGGAUUUCUGGAAUCCUUGACUUUGGGGACAUGAACAGCGGCUACUACAUCCAUGAGUUAGCCAUCGCUAUCAUGUACAUGAUGAUAGAGCACCCUAACCCCAUUGAGGUCGGCGGACCUGUCCUCGCAGGCUGGGAAAGUGUCUUUCCCCUCAAUGAAGUGGAGAAAGAUUGUCUCUAUGUGCUGGUGCUGUGUCGCUUCUGUCAGUCUUUGCUUUUAGCUUGUUACUCCGUGACUUUGGAUCCAGAAAAUGCAGAGUAUCUGCUUAUUACAUCCAGGAAGGGCAACAAAAUUCUCCGUGAUCUCUGGGAGCUCGGCAAGAAGCAGACAGAGAAGGCCUGGUUCCAAAGUGCUGCACAGUUCGCUGACAGAAAGUGAGGACUGUGUGAAGGAAGCCAUUCACAAAUUUUUAUGCACAGUAAGGUGAUUCCACUUAACUUUUUGCACAAGUGAAUGAAUUCUAAAAUAAAAAGUUAAAACAAUAGAUUAGAAUAAAUAAAACAAUUUGUUUUCAACAUAAACCAAACUAGAAUAAUAUUCAGUCGAGUGAAUACCUCCGCCAACUCAUCAUGAAACCACAAUCAAAUUCACUAGAUCUGGGUUUUUAUAUGGAUCUGCACCACAUUGCACAGCAUAGAGAAAUCAAAUGAAAACAUUGAAAAUUGGCCUAUCACACAAUUUUAAAAUUAGAGGAAAACAAUUCCGCCCUCUGAUCCGGACUUACUUUAAAUCAGUUCAGUAAGCUUUUUGUGCAAUCCUUGAGGAAAGCGCAACCUCAUUGUUGGACAUAAACAUAUAUUACCCAAAUAGAAAUACUGCAGUGUGUCUGAGUUAGAGAUGAGUAGAUGAACAAAAACUGCAAAGUAUUGACACUGUGUGUUAACAAUGGAUUACAUACUGUGAAAUUAGCCAGCAACCGAAUUAACAGCUGACCUGAAAAAACCUGGAGGCCUCCAUAGAGAGGAACUCGCUCCAGAUGUAGAUAUAAAGCAUUUAUAGACAAAAGGCCCAUUAUAGGGUAAAGAAAAGAACAAUUCAUACAUUUAAAAAAAUAGAUCCCUUUCACUUAAAUCUUACACACUGAACCUUUAAGAAACACGUUCAGUGAGUGCUCAAAGUCUACAGGGUUUAUACAUCUCUAUGUGCUUGGGUUUAUACAUUUAUAUAUGCUUAGGUUUAUACAUGUAUAAAUGCUUGGGUUUAUACAUUUCUAUGUGCUUGGGUUUAAACAUUUGUAUAUGCUUUGGAUUUUAAAUUUCGAUAUGCUUAGGUUCAUACAUUCCAAUGUGCUUGUGUAACAGGAUAUUGGAAUGUAUGGUGACAGGUCGCUUAAAUGGACAUUGGACUGUUCUGGCUGAGUUCACCUCUGUGACUCAGCCAGAGAUGAUGUAGGUGGGGCAGACCAUGUCCUAAGUCACUCUCUGUUGUUGAGGAUUUUUUGACCAUCCUCACACAUUCCUGAAUAUGCCACUGUCUAUUAUGUAUAUUGUAUAUUACACUAUAUAUGUACAGGAGAAUGGUACCUGUCUUAUUCCACAAGCAGUACCAAGGUCAGGUUAUAGAUAAAGGACCAACCGACUGUACACGGUAGUGUCUACGCUUAGGGACUUUCAUAUCUAACUCCCAGACAGAGAGGCACCAACUUCAACUCUUUUCUUAAUUACAGCAGGGGCAAGACCUUAGGAUACAGUGUGAUUUAGGAAUGCAUGCUUUUGGCUUAACUAUCCAAUAGGGUGUGAACAACAUGUGACAUAGAGUUACAGCAUUUCUAUCCUCCAUGGAUGUGCUGUUAAAUUGGGUGACAAGAGUAGAGGGAGAUAUCUGGGGAAGCUGUGGGAGACAUCUUCAGAUGUGGGGGUAACAGUUGCUCAUGUUACUCUGUUUGUAUAUUGUUCCACCUUCUGGUCUCCUCGAUGCAUG